AUGGGAAGCACAGCAAGGGUCGGUGCCGUGGUGGAUGGCAACAGAGGCAUGAAUAGCUCACCGAAACUUGAGGACAGUUCAGCUUUUGCUGCCUUUAUACGGAGAACCGACGGCGACGACGACGACGACGACGACGACGACGACGACUUCUUCCAAUGCCUGCCUUGGUGUCGUGGAUUAUUGGCCGACAAAGACUUCGAGGUGCUCAAGCUUCCACUGAGAUGUCCUAAGACAACGUCAACAAGGCAUGCCCUCUUCUCUCGGACGCUCAAGACCUGCGACACUAUUGGACACUUUCUGGCGCAAGAUAGACGAAAGAAAGGCACGCUUUCAUAUAUGGACGAAAUUAUGAGCAGCACAGUAGAUCCGAACCGCAGUUGGCCGCCGAGCUUCGAAUACGGUUUCUAA